CCGCACGCGCGCGUUUUGAUGACGGAAAUUUCAAUGGCGGAUUUCACUUCGCAAGAGAUGUAGCCCCCAGAUUCGACGUGUGCGACGUCAUAAUCAAGAAAGUAUGAAUUUGAUAGUUACAACGGUGUCCUUGCUUUUUGCAGCAGGCCUACUGGAAGCAGCUGUUACAGUUGAGCUUGACCCAUCUUAUUCACCGGGUGCAGUCCCAGCCAGUGAUGCAGACAGAAUCUAUCAUUCAGCAUUGUAUCAUCCGAUGAGUAAACCUAUUUUGGCCUACCUAAAGGUGGAUGGUGUUGUGAAGAAGGACUUCUCUGGCAAUUGCAACAUAACAUCUGUUGACAUAUAUGCAUACAACUCAACAGGCGGUGUGACAGAUACGUGGCAAAGUUCUGGUGGACAGCUCUGUCAGUAUGUCAACAGAUAUCCCUACCCAAAAAGUUACGAUCCAGCCUUCAGUUGGAUUUGUGGUGAUAGUACAACUUUAGUUGAUGUGCCUGUGUACGCUGGAGAAUUGAGGGCAGAUGCUCUUUACCAUGCUCAUACAACACUCCCUCCCAGGGAACGUGCUAUACAGUUUUCUGUAGAGUAUGAUGGCCAAGUUUACCAAGUCAUUACAGAUCCUAUCGAAGUUACAGAGAAUGCCCAGAAUAUAAGUCUAGCAACUCCACCUCCAGCCUCAACAGUGGCCAAUAAAGGUUUCAAUAUAGAUGUACACAUCUUAGACGGCAGUGGAAAUUUGAUAACUUCCGGCCUUGAUUCCACGCUUGAUGUUACAAUCAAAGUGGCCUGGAUGGAAGGCUUGUCUGUUAUGUAUCAUGACAAUGGUUAUCGAAACAUGCUCUUCUAUGAAAACGUGAGACUUGGAGGAACUGACAUGGUACAGAGUAAGAGUACCCACAACAAGCUGAUUACAAAAAGGGCGGUUGGAGGAAUUGCCUCCUUCACAGAUGUGCGUCUGCUGGAUGUCCAUUCCUGUGUUCGCCUAAACAUCACCCUAACCAUGCCUCGAUAUCCUCUGUUCAGGUUACCAACUACAAUGAAUGAGGUGAAACAUAUACAUGACCUAACCAAUGGACUUAAUGGAUAUUACAUCAACGGCACAGACGAUAAUGGAGUUUACAUCACCGACUGUAUCGCUGUCACAGAACAAACUGCAGCUUCUAUAAACUUGCUGAAUAUUGCUGAUAUAAAAAGCACUGUUGGUGCCAACUUCCCAAUAGAAGAUGCUGCUAUACUGGAAUUACGAGAUUCAGCUGGUGACAGAGUUUGGUCUGGUCAAGAUGCCAAUUUGACUCUCAGUGUCACCUCAUCUGGAGGAGGCUGUGUAUCCUCGGAUUCCCAAAGUUUUACAGCCUCUCAUGGACAAGCUGUGUUUGCUGGCUCCUUCUGCGAUGUUGGAACAGGCUUUGUCCUGUCUUUUGCUGGUAACAGCUUGGUGACACCUGGAGCCUUGACUGGGACAGUUACCAAUGCUUUCACUGUGACAAAUAAGAUCUAUAUUGGAAAUUUCAUCGAUACUUAUGGCUCAUCUGCUACAUCAGAUACAGGACCGUUCAUUGAUGCAUUUGCCACAUACGCAAUAGAAGACUUAGCUAAUGGUUAUUUUCCAGACUUGUUGCAAGGGAGAGAACUGUAUAUGAAUAGCUAUGAUGUCGGUAAAGAUGGCAGCAAGGCCCCAAGUGCAUUCCAAGGGAUGAUUGACCAAGGCAAGCUGGAUCCAAGUACAAAGGUCAGAGGAAUAAUAGGUUUUGGUUCCAACACCGCCACCAAGAAAAUGGCUAGUUAUUUGUCAGCAAACCAAAUGCCAUCUUUAGCAACAAGAGAAGAUGAAGCAGAAUUUACAGACAAGACUGUUUAUCCAUACUAUAGUCGACUGUCGUGGGAUUUGGCUGCUGUUGCUCAGUGCCUGAUGAUAGCUUGCAGAGACAGAGGAUGGAAAAAAAUGAUCAUUGUUCGAGAAAUUGACUACCAGAUACAUCAAGUUCUCUAUCAGAAAGCUGCCUUGUUCAAUUUGGACAUCACACAAGAGAUCAUCAUACCUAAACUACUACCAACACAAUAUGCACCUGGUGUUAUAGAUACACAAAUGGAAAAGAUAAAAAAUGCAGGAACCAAGAUUAUCCACUUGUUUGCAUAUGCCCCACUACAGUGGUUUAUCAUCAGUGAAGCCAUCAGACACAACAUUUCCUGUUACCAUGGAUAUGAGUGGGGUCUUCUAAAUGAUGUUGGCUGGCAUUUCCCCUGGGCCAAUCAACAUCCUAUGUGUCAAGGUCCAAUCACCUGUACCAUGGCCUGGAUUGGAUACUUUGGUGUGGGUGGUACAUACAAUGUCAGUGGAAUGAUGACACCACUCUGGGAGCAUGUCAUGAUCAAACAUACCAACUAUCGCCGGAUAAACUAUCGUGGUACUGCACCAAGGCGCUCCCUUAAUGAGGUAAUGGCAGAAUGGGGCAAAGGAUAUGAUGCCGUGAGAACAUAUGCCAUAGCUAUCACCAAUAUGAUCAAUGCCAGUCUGACCAUUACUGGACCAGCCUUAACAAAUGCUAUCAGAGAGGUUGAUUUUGAGGGCUUGUCUGGGAGAAUCCAUUUCCAACCUGAUACAGGUAACCGGCCAGGCUUUCUGGGGAUGUGGGUCACCAGUAACCCCCAUCCAUUUAAUAAAACAGCCAGCACUGCCACGACUGUCACCUUCGCGCGUAUAUUGGAACUGGCUCAGGAAAAUGCAACAAUGAUUACCGAGUACAAACAGCAAGCCAAGCGCCCUAUGGAUUUGCCGCCCUGGAAUCAUGUGGUAGCAAAUUACACUAUUCCACCAACACAGUACAAGAACAAAUGGAAUGUGACUACCUCCACUGCAAUGGUGAGUGCCAGUACACAAGAGCUGAUCAUCAUUCCGCCAGGAACAGGUGAACCAGAGCAAAUCACGGAGACCGAGUAUACUGUGGCGCCAUUCUACUGUACACAGGGCUGUGGUGGUAAUGGCACCAAUGAGUAUGAUAUCACACAGUACCAGUUUGGUGACUGCACAAACCAGGAAGUCUGCACAUGUCAUCCCGGUUAUUAUGGAGAAACCUGUGAUAAAAUGGUUUGCAGUUGUGUGUUUGGCGAUUGUGAUGUUCCUGAAGUCUGUAUCUGUCAAACAGGAUAUGAAGGAACUCGCUGUGAGAUCCCAAUCUGUAGCACGAUCUCUUGUGGUGCCCAUGGAUCCUGUUCAGCACCGGAGACCUGUAAAUGUGACUCUGGCUUCAUCGGAUCGACGUGUGGACACUCGCUGGCUGCCGUGGUUGUUGGGUCCCUGCUAGGUGCCAUUGCCUUCAUCACUUUCCUUGUGUUCUUCAUUAGAUAUUUACUGAAGAGACAGAGGUUAGCAGCUGCCCUAAAGAAUUUGGACUGGUUGGUGAAGUGGGAUGAGGUCAUGGUAGGAGACGCAAGAGCUCUCAGUUUCCUGUCUACUGCAGGAGAUGAAUUUAUGCAAUCCAACAAAACCAAUAUUUGUACUUGGAGGAGUCAGAAAUGCUUUGUCCAGCAAUUUAAUUGUGUAUCCCUGAACAUUGAAGAUGAAGCUCUGAGAUAUGAAGUUGUACGCAUCAAAGAAACAAGACACAACAAUCUAAUUACAUUUGUUGGUGCUUGCUUGGAGUACCCAUAUGUAGGACUUCUUACAGAGGUGGCACCAAAGGGAAGUCUAGAAGAUAUGUUGUCUAAUGAGAGUAUCAAACUUGGAUGGGACUUCAGGUUCUCACUUCUGAAAGAUAUUUGUCGUGGAAUGGAAUUUUUGCAUAGGUCAGAGAUUGGAUCUCACGGAAGAUUAAAAUCCUCAAAUUGCCUUGUAGAUAACAGAUGGACAUGUAAAAUAUCAGGAUUUGGUUUACCUACCCUUCGUUACAAUGGUGUAAGAAAGCUUCGGCCAAAUGUAGAAGAUAUACCGAAACCCAGUGAGUUGCUAUGGACGGCACCAGAAUUUCUUGCAAAAUCUAAGAGACUUGAUGACGUACGGAAUGGAUCCAAAGCUGGUGACAUCUUUUCGUUUGCAAUUUUGUUGACAGAAAUGUGUACAAGAGAAGAACCUUAUACAAAUGAACUAAGCUAUCUUGAUGUUGAAGAUGUUCUAGUUCUGGUCCAGAACAAAGAUGCUCCACAAGCUUCUGAAGCCAAACAGAUCUGGUACAAAAACGGAGGAGACACAACAAAGUCAUUCAGACCAAAAAUAGCAGAUGAAAGUUUACCAGAGGAAUAUGCAGCCAAAACUGGGAUGAGAAAGCUCCUUGAUAAUGCAUGGGGUGUAAGCGCAGACAAUCGACCAACCUUCCGCCAGAUGUUAGACAAACUGAACGAGAUUUACCCCAUUAAAGGAGAGCUCAUCGACAACCUUGUCAACAUGCUGGAAAAAUACUCAAGUAAUUUGGAGCUGAUCGUAGCUGAUAGGACAAAAGAACUGGUGGCCGAGAAGGCAAAAACCGAACAGCUCUUAAGUCAGAUGUUACCAAAAAAGGUCAUGGAAGACUUGAAACAUGGAAAACCUGUGGAGGCAGAAUCAUUUGAAUGUGUGACAAUCUUCUUCAGUGACAUUGUGGGAUUUACAAAGAUAGCUGGAAGUAGUACCCCUCUCCAGAUUGUGGACCUCCUCAAUGAUUUAUACACCUGUUUUGACUCCAUUUUGGACAAUUAUGAUGUAUACAAAGUGGAAACCAUCGGUGAUGCCUACGUCGUAGUCAGUGGUCUGCCUAUCAGGAAUGGAAAUCUUCAUGCUGGUGAAAUCGCCACUAUGUCUCUUGACCUGAUGAGUGCUAUUGGAGACUUCAAGAUUCGACACAUGCCAGAUGAAACACUCCAGCUACGUAUUGGAAUGCAUUCGGGUCCUGCUGUGGCUGGUGUUGUUGGACUGAAGAUGCCUCGGUAUUGUCUGUUUGGAGAUACUGUGAACACAGCUUCCAGAAUGGAGUCCAACUCUGUUGCCUUGAGAAUACACAUGAGCGAGUCAACAGCAACCAUUCUUCAAGUUCUGACUGGUUACCACUUAGAAUGCAGAGGACAGAUUGAGGCAAAGGGGAAAGGAAAGAUGACAACCUACUGGUUGAAUGGAAAAGAUGGAUUUAACAAGAAGCUUCCAGGUAGAGAGCUUGCUGCAUCAUUGUCCCAGCAUGAAUUUAAGUGAUUCCUGUGUCAACAUGACAUAUAUAGAACAUUUCUCCAGGAAGGUGUACCGUAUGGGCUUGACAUCUGUUCUGAAAACUACAAAGACAAUCCUCCAAUAUUAUUUCAUGGACAUCAAGCCGUUUUGACAUCCAAUUAUUAUGGUUGGCCCUUCCUUCCUGGAGCUAAAAAUUCUGAUAGCAAUGUCAGAUAGAAGAGGUGAAUCAGAGUGGUCUUUAGUCCUGUAAAUUAUGUUCUUGUUUGGUGUAUAAAAGGUUGUUGUGAGGGUGAAUGAUAGAUUUAUAUCGGUAUCAUGUCCACUUCAAUGCAUUCUGGUGGUGAAUCUGUGUGAAAAAGGUUAUGCUGUUAAAAUCUUCCACUGUUGCAAUAAACACUGUGCUUAUCAGUUCUGUGAUGAUGUACAUAGUAGUUCAUGUGUUAUUUUAAUGUUUUUUCCCAGCAGACUUUAAAUGACAGUUGUCGGCAUUAUUCAUGAUAAUCUAUACGUACACAUGUAUGCAUAUGCGAGUAGAGUAGAAAGAGGAAGUGCUGAAUGUUAUUAAAAUAGUUUAUUAAAAAAGAUUAUGGCAAUCUGUUUCUGUGCUAAUGUUGAAUAUAUGGUGUGAUGACAUGGGUAUUCCGAAGUUAAUACCUAGCAAGCACUUAUUGACCAUAUUUACAUGAAGAAAUACAUACCCAGGUGAAAAAUCAAGGACAUCAGACCCAAAGGGCAAGGUCGAUGUUUGCAUCUUCACUCGUAAACAUUUUGUUUGACAUGAUGAAGCAAAGUUGGUUGGAAUCAAAACAAGGAGUCAUAACAGGCAAAUGGAUCAUAACAUCAUUAUUUAGCUAAAAGUUUUGACAAGCAGACUUUAAUGUUGUAGGUUUUAUUUGAUUUUGAUAUACAGUGAGUCAUGACACAUGACUGUGACUUCUAUUUCUGGAUUUGAAAAAAAUUGUUGCCGUUUUCUUUCUUCCAAUAGUUGGAAACAUCAUUAUUGCCCGAUUUUACUGAUAUUUGGUGUAUAGGGGUUCUGAAGGAUGCCUAAAACGACAACAGUUUUGAAAUCCUAGGUUCCAUGGUAAUGAAAUGGAAGCCUGUGAUUGAUCAAAAAUGUAUUAAUUGCUAGAUUUUGAUGAAAUUUGAUAUGUAGGUGAUUUAUGAUACUACAAGUACAACUGUUGAUUUCCAUUUCUGCUUUAAAACAAUUACAUGGCAACUAUUUUGCUGCCUUUUAAUUGGUGGAAAUUUAGAUGUUAAAUUUCAAUGAAAUAUGGUGUUUAUGUCUAACAAUAUUGUGGUUUCUUUGAGCUUCAUUAUCAACUGAGGGGGCAGUUUGGGGACUUCUGUAACGGGCCCGUUACAAUUAAAACUUGUUAAUGUUGAAUGCUUUUCAAUUUAAUUUGCUUUGAAUCUUCUGUGGAAGCAGUAAGCUAACUUUUCACAGAGGCCAUUCUCAAAAUGGGAAAAGUUUUUAUAAUACAGAGUGCUCAAAUGCCAUAAUCACUGAAAUAUCUAGGUGUUUACAUAAUACUACAUAUAGGUAUUUAUUUAUUAUCAACAAAAGAAAAUUUUUAAUGAAUUAGCAGCAUUUAUGAAUCAAAAUAUAUAUGUUAACAAUGAAUUUUUAGCAUGUUUUGGACCCGUGUUUUUACAUAGUAUUGAAAUAGUGUGCAUUUUUUAAAGUAUUUGUAUUUAAUUGUAAACCCAUUGACUACAGUUUUGUGUAUAUUAAUGAGUUAUAACACUAAUAAUUAUACAUGUAUGCAUUUUAGGGUAUAAGCAUGUUGUCAAUCCAUCCUUUGCUCAUCUGGACCAUUAGUUAUUUACUAUAUACCGUAUGCUGUAAAAGGAUAAACGAAAGGAAAUAAUAGUAAAAAACCAUGAUGAAAUAAUUCUCCAUAACAAUUUUCAUGGCAAAUGAAACAUAGCAAUACCACUAACAAUUAUAAUUUUCAAGAGUUAGCAAAAUAUAGGUCAUGAUUUUAUCCGAGACGUAUAUAUCAAGAAAGCCCGAGGGAUACAAGACAUUUUGUAAAAAUGUUCCUAUUGUGCAAAAUAACAGACUUGUGAUACUAUGGGGCAUCGGAACUGAAUAAAGGUCAAGGUUGAAGAUCAAGGGCAUUUAAGUUUUUUAAGGUCAAGGACAAAUGUUUUAGCUCAUUGAGAACAUUGGCAACUAUGAGAGUGUUGCUUACCAAAAUGAUUACCAUAGCUAUUCUACUUUAUUUCCCUUCAUUUAUCUUGUUAAAACAUAUCACUUCUUGGAACUAUAUUCACUGUACCACAUGUACUUGUCGGGGGAAGGAAGUUUGAUCAGCAGAGUAGUUCAUCCUAAAUAAUCUAUCUGUAGGCAACUCAUUUUAUUUAAAACUGAUGCAAGACUUGUGAGUAAUGAAAUAUCUUGCCGUCAAGAUAAUGUAGCUGAAAGUUCGUCUGCAAUACUAGAUGUGUGUGUAAGUGUUUGUGCUGUUACUAGCCACAUGCUUAUUACAACCAUGUACACAAAUCAUAUCACUGGAAAUAAAAUAUUUCAUCUUCUA